AUGUUAAUCAGCAAUGAAAUUUGGGCUUUUAUUGAGCAGGAAAAUUCGGCUCUUCGUCCGUUCCAGCUACACAACACGACCAUUGUGGUGAAUGCCUUGGAUUUCAUGCUAAGCAUAAUUCGAACGAAGACUGACUUAAGUCACGGAGGAGAUUACUCUUUAAUGGAGGAGAAAUUUGAUGCUGUUCUGAAUAAUUAUUUCCUGUGCAAUAUUAAGCCCAUCUUUGUUUUCGGUGGAGUCAUUUCCUGCGCAGUGAAUACACUCACAAGAAGACUUCUUGGUUUUCAAAAGCGACUCGGUGAUCUCGACCAUUUACUGCAAGAAAUUAGAGAAGGGGAAAAAAGCUGCAGUGUAAAGUUUUCCAGCUUUCCGGUGUUCGCAAAAGAGGCACUCAUGGCAACACUCUCACGCCUCGAGGUGGCCCACGUCACUUGCGACUCUGAGGCUGUUCCCGCUUGUGUGGCUCUUGCCGCUCGCCUCCGUUGCCCUGUGGUUGCUGAUUCUGGUGAAUUUCUACUCUAUGAGUUUGAGGAACAAAUUGACAGCUGCGCUUGUUUUUCUUAUGUUCCCCUGCGCCUUCUCUCCUCCCGACCAGUCCCUCAGCCCACGCAAUCUGGUUCUUUUUGUCUCUUAGGUCGUGUUUUUAAUCCAUCAACUUCUGGAAUUCAUCGAGUACCUUACCCCUUACGUCCUUUCUUGGCACUCUACCUUGAAUUUCCCUUCGAAGUUCGCUUUCCGCUUCCUGCUUUUGUCGCAGAACUCGAGAACGGUCACCAAAACGUUGAUUCCUUGAAUCCUGCUCAAUUUACGGUCAAACGUAUAAAGACGCUUAUAACGUGGUUGGAGUCUACAGCGUCCCCCUUGAACGCUUUAAGGGAUUGUGUCGAACGGCUGAACGGUGAAGAAAUGAAAAACGCGUUUAUUCACAGACUUAUCUCAAUUACUUCGGUUCUUACCAUUGACUUUGACCAAGGCGGGAGAUUACUGAGUUAUUUAUUCCCUAACACAAUUCUGCGUGAUCCCGAGUUUACCACGUCUGCAGAUCUUACUACCUGGCUUAGCAACGAACAAAAUAUUCCUGAACUGUUAAGACCUGUUGUAGGUCUUUUCAAAACCGAGUCCACGUCUCCAACUUGUCAAAUAUCAACUUUUUUUUCUCAAAUACCACCCACGUUGCUUCGAUCCUACCGUUCUGGCAUCGUGUCACCCGUGAUGCUCUCUCGUCUUUUUUCAUCCAUCUGGAUAUUGUACGCAUUCGUUGAAAAUUUAGCUCGCGAUUCGGUUACCGACUGCGCUAGGGGUCUACGCUACCUCCAAUAUUGCUUGCUGUCAGGCCUCGUUAGACGCUAUGGGGUUGAAUUAUGGAACGGAUGCGAUGAAGCUACAGUUUCUGAGAUCUCAAGGACCACAGUACCUUCAAAUGUUUGUAAAUUCACUUUCAGAGUAAAACCCUUCUAUCCCUCCUCAAGAAGCCCUAGAGAAGACUGUGCUUCUUUCAUCUUUCAGAACUUGGGCUAUCAGUUGCAGAUUGGAGAUGAUUGGAUUCAGUCAUUAGCGCUUAGCUUGACAGUCUGGCAUGCCCACACUCGAUCCGGCGAAAGAUUUGAUCUCUUACGUCAACCAACUGCUUUGGCCAUCGCCUUGAUUGCAUGUGUAAUGGAAGUGUCUAACGGACGCCUUAAUUCCCGACAUCUGGAGGAGUUAGCUGACAGUAUGGUGUGCGAGUACAACAUCGACGUAGUUCAUGACCUUAACCAAUUCCAAUUGGUUUACUUGUCCUUAGUCUCCCUAUUUCGGCUUCUUGAUGUGAUUGUCGAAUGUACUAACGGUGAUGAAAACGAAAGCUCAACACUACUUCCCUUUAUGCAUGCUUCCCGCGUUCUUCCUCAUUGUCGUCUUGCACACAAUCUUGCCAUCACUUUGUCGUACUCAGGGGUUCAAAAGGAGGUCUGUUCAUGGUUGAGAAAACUUCUCUCUCCUUUGGAUGAUGUAGAAAGUACAAAGAAGGCGGAUAGGUACAUGAUGCAGCUCGUGGUGGCUGUGUACAAGAUGACCAAUGUACACCAGGUUAUGUUCGAGUCACACGCUGAAUCUUUGCCCUUCCCUGAUCAUUGUGGCAAAAAACAGCCACCCACAAAUCGUCACGGAUUUGGAAAGAAAGCCCCACAACGACAACUUUCACAUUCUCGCAAUUCGUCUAGAGCUGAAAUCGGUCGGGACCAACAAUCACUCUCGCACUUUCCACAAACAGAACGGGGUAAAACAAAAUCAUUCGGCUCGCCCAACAAUAAUCAGUUCACUCUAAGGCACGAUUAUAAAAGUCGUAGCCGUUCAGACUUCAUUUCAGCUUCCGCUGUACCAAAAAAAUUCAACCGUCGAAAUAAUAAUCCGGUAAGCCGGGAUGAAAAUUUGUUCAAUUAUAAUCAACCUGGAGGUGUUCAUCCUACCACUGAACAUGGUGGUUAUCGCAAACCCUAUUACACUCGCCCCCUUGUAUGCAACCCAGGUAACAGGUGUGAUGGUGCGCAAGAAAUUUCGGAACUUUUGACGAACUCCUCCACUAGAUCUCAGUUUGAUUUCAACAAUGUUGCUAAUCAACAAGCCCAACUCUCAGAUUCCACUACCCCCAAAAAUCCUUUUAUCUCUGAUAUCGGUACCGGUCACGAAGUUCACGACUUUCAUUCCUUGAAUGAAGACUACAGGUUCGGUGAAGAACGCAAGACCGUUUGCCAUUCUUCGGCCUCUGUAGUAAAUGCUCAGUCUUUCUCAUCACCGCCUCCGUACUUCAGCAGUGGACAGAAAUACUCUGGUCGCCGUUUUUCUGAGUCCAGGGGUCAAACACAAACCCAAACUAGCGCUCAAAAUCAACUACCCGUUUCUAAAUAUGAUAGAUAUCUCGGUGGCCCCGGAUAUCUAAAAGUGCCGUAUACCAAGGUGGACAAUGGGGGUUUUUACGGAGAAAACACAAAAAACUGGACUGGGGUUAGGAAACAUAAUCCACCCCAGCAUCACGGACGUGAUCCUCAGAACGAAUUGCGGCCCCCUCGUAACGUGGGCUGCGGCCAAACUUAUCGUUUCGAGUCGUCACGAAACAAGCCCCAAAACAAUCGAUUCGGUGUCAGGGGUGGAUACAAUAUGAAACCUCGUUCUGUCGGUACCUCCGAAAUUAAUCAAACAAGGUUCCCCAACAAGCCCUCAGGUGCUUCCGGAGCUGAAGAAUGGAGCGCAGAAGCAAUUACGGAUGCGGUUAACAAGUUGGCCAUCUCCUUUCAAUGA